AUGGGCGACGCCAACAUUUCCCAGCCCUCCGGGGCCACCCCAAAGAAGAGCCUCAUCGUCAACGCCUUUGUCGAGAUGUGCAGUGGUCACCAGUCCCCCGGUCUCUGGCGCCAUCCUGACGAUCAGUCUCACAACUUCAACUCGACAAAGCAUUGGGUCGACCUCGCGAAGCUCCUCGAGAAGGCAAAGUUCCACGGAGUCUUCAUUGCCGAUGUCCUGGGUGGCUACGACGUCUACAACAAGACGCUCGAGCCCGCCAUCACGUCUGGGGCGCAGUGGCCUGUCAAUGAGCCAUUGGCGGUGGUGUCAGCCAUGGCGGCUGCGACGGAGAGCAUCGGGUUCGGUGUUACAGUGUCCACGACCUAUGAGCAGCCAUACCACCUGGCGAGGAGACUCGGAACAUUGGAUCACCUAACGGGAGGACGCUACCUCGACUCGGCCGCGAAGAACAUGGGCCUCACCGAACAGCCCCAGCACGACGACCGCUACGCCCAAGCGGAAGAGUACAUCCGCGUAGUCUACAAGCUCCUCAACUCCUCCUGGCGCACCGACGCCGUGGUCCUCGAUCGCGCUCGCGGCAUCUACACCGACCCCGCGCUCGUCCGCCCCAUCAACCACGACGGCCGCUUCUUCAACGUCCCCGGCCCGCACAUCACCCAGCCCUCGCCGCAGCGGACGCCCCUGCUGCUGCAGGCGGGCGCCUCCCGUGCCGGCAAGCAGUUCGCCGCGCAGCACGCCGAGGCCAUCUUCGUGUCGGCGCACGCGCCCGCCGUGUGCGCCAAGAACGUGGCCGAGAUUCGCGCGCUCGCCGAGUCGGGCUACGGGCGCAACGGCAAGGAUAUCAAGGUGCUCGCGCUCGUGACGCCCAUCCUCGGGCGCACGGAGGAGGAGGCGCAGGCCAAGCUCGCCGACUACAGGCAGUACGCGUCGCUCGAGGGCGCGCUGGCGCUGUUUGGCGGGUGGACGGGCAUCGAUCUCGGGCAGUACGGCGACGAGCAGGAGCUGCGCCAGGUCGAGAGCAACGCCGUGCGGUCGACGGUGGAAGGGUAUGCGCGAUUCUCGCCCGGCACGGCCAAGUGGACCAAGCACACGAUUGCUGAGCAUGUGAGCAUCGGCGGCAAUGGGCCUGUGCUUGUCGGUACGGCGGAACAGGUGGCUGAUGGUCUGGAGACUUGGGUGCGGGAGGCGUAUGUCGAUGGCUUCAGCUUUGCCUAUGUUCUCUUUCCCCAGUCCUUCGAGGACAUCAUUGAGCUGCUGCUGCCCGAGCUGCGCAAGCGCGGCCUCUUCUGGGACGACUACGCCGUACCGGCGGGCACAUACCGCGAGAACUUCUACCGACGUGAGGGCCAGAAGCAGCCUCUGGACGAGCAUGUCGCGGCGUCUUACCUGUGGAAGGAGGGCGUAUCAGCAGAGGAGGCUGUCAUCCCGGCAGAGCCCUCGACGCCAAAAGUAGACGGAUAG